AUCCGGUUCACAAAAAUGGCGACCUGCAUGAUUGCAAGGGCCGGACGGGUUGCGUUAAGAGCGUUACAGCCGGUAGCCAGGCAUUGUUCAAAGCGGAACACAGGCGUAACUGGCCCGCGUCGUCUUUCUGACCAUCCUGGUGUUCGGAGCCUUUUGUACGAGCAUGUUCGCGAUGGCUACAGCGACAAGCCCGAGCUGGAUAUGCGAGCAGUUUGCGAGGAGACCGACAAAGUCAUCGCUAAUGUGGAGAGCAGGAAGGGAGACCUGCGAGGAGAUGACGUCAGGAAAAUUGUAAGUGUGUGGCAGGAGCUCCAGUCAGUGAGGACAGAAAUCUCUGAUCUGGAGGAGGAGAAGUUCUGCAUCAGUAAGACGGUCAGAGCAUUAGUGGCCCAGUAUAGCAAGAAGGACCUCACUAAUCUUCCGGAGUACACUCAGUCUUUGCAGAAGGGCCGGGAGGUCCGCAUCAAACUGAAUCAGCUCUACGCCAAAGAGGCUGAACUGGACAAGGAGCACUACUGCCAAGCGCUCAGACUGCCCAACACCACACACCCUGAUGUGCCAGUUGGAGAUGAGAGCCAGGCAAGAGUGGUGGAGCUUGUUGGACAGAAACCAGAGUUUGAUUUUGAGCCCAGAAGCCACGUGGAGCUUGGGGAGGAGUUGGGCAUCAUUAGGCAGAGGCAUCUGGCUCAUGUCACCGGCCACCGGUCGUACUAUUUACGAGGAGCGGGGGCCAAGCUUCAAACGGCUCUCACGAACUUUGCCCUGGACACAGUGCAGCGACGGGGCUUCAUCCCCAUGGUUGUGCCUGACAUGCUGAAGGGAGCAGUGUUUGAGGGCUGUGGGAUGCGGCCUGACGCAUGUCAUUCUAUGCUCUACUCUUUGAACCCAGAACGAUUUCCAGAUCUGAACCUGGCUGGAACUGGAGAAGUCGGUGUGGCAGGUUUUUUCAUGGACCAUGCAGCGAACUGGAAGGACCUGCCCGUUAGGACUGUGUGCUGCAGCACCUGCUACAGAGCAGAGACCGACAACAGGAGAGAGGUGUGGGGGCUUUACAGAGUUCAUCACUUCAAUAAGGUGGAGAUGUUUGCAGUGACAGCAGAUGAGACGGGACAGGAGAGCACUCAGCUGUUUGAGGAGUUUGUCUCUUUGCAAAAACAGAUGUUUUCUGCCCUGGAACUACAUUAUAGAGUGCUGGACAUGCCGACUCAGGAGCUGGGUCUUUCAGCAUACAGGAAGUAUGACAUUGAAGCGUGGAUGCCAGGGAGGGGCAGCUAUGGAGAGAUCUCCAGUGCAUCCAACUGUACAGAUUAUCAGAGCAGACGUCUGAACAUCCUGUAUGAGAGGGAGGACGGCAGCCUGCAGUACGCCCACACAGUAAACGCUACUGCAUGUGCAAUCCCUCGAACCAUUGUCGCCAUCCUGGAAACUCACCAGACCAAAGAUGGAACGGUGCGUGUUCCCCGAGCCCUGCAGCCUUAUUUGGGCCUGGAAGUGAUUGAGAAGCCAAAGUACUCCCCACUGAAAUACAUCGGACCCAACCAGCCCAGCCGGCCCCCCAGGCCCACUCCCAAGACCAGAUGAAGCUCAUGCGAGUGAUCCAACACCAUCCAACCUGUGCACACAGCUGAGGUGGAAACCAGCUCACAUCCAACAUUUUAUCUGUCUGCUACUUAAAACUAAACUUACUUGAAUUGUUUCAUUUUUUAGGAGAAUCUUUGAGUGUUCAGAAAUUAUGAAUGUGCUGAAACCUGGGGAAAAAUAACAAUAAAAAUGAAAAAAUUCAUUUGUGUCACAUAUAUUAUUGAAAUGUAUGUUCUAAAUAAAAUAGAGAUUUAAAAGUA